AUGUCGAUAAUACGUAGAUCACCCCCAGGAAGUAAAGUGCAUCAAGUGUCGUCGGAGAGUGAUAUUUCAAACAUUGAACCUGAAAAUCCACUGAAUUAUGUAGGGAGGAGACAGAAAAAACCCAGAAAUGAAGAUCAAAGGAAAAGUAUUGAUGAUUCCCUUAAAGAUGAACUAUUAUCCAUGCUCACCAAUUGGAAGAAGGAUCAAGAUCUUAUUUUGAGUAAAUUGUGUUCAGAUAUUGCCGAACUUAAGCAACAAAACUCCAACAUUCAAUUAACUAAUAUUGAAAUGGAAAAAGCGUUAACGUUCAUAUCCACACAGUAG